AUGUCCCGUUUACUUCUUUUGUUGGGUGUAUUCCUCACCAUUGUAUCAGCUCAAUUACCUAAACUUACAGUUCAAGAUGCUACGCUUGUUGACGGAUUAGGAGCUUCACAAAAGUAAGAUUUUUUAAUAGUAAAGCGAAGCUUCAAAUUUAAAAUACGGCUUAAUUGUUUUCUUUAUCUAUAUCAAAAUUCUUUAUUUUUACAUUCUUUAUUUACCGCUUUAGUUUGGUGUCGGGUCAGAAAUUAGGCAAAGUAGUUGACCUUGACUCUUCCCACGAUUUGAAGUUGACCUUCAAAGUGCUGGCCAGCAACAAGCCAGUCAGUGUCCACCAAUCCUUUGUUAUUUUUGUUAAUGAUAAGACGGGUAAACAAGUUGCUUAUGUGUUGGAACAAGAUGCGAAGACAGAAACUUACACCUUCGACUUGGUAAGUUCUCUAAUUUUAAUGUUAUCUCGACAUUUAGCAAAUGAAGACUCAUGGAAAGGAAUUUGGAGGAGAAGCCGGUACUUACUCUGCUCAUCUGCUUCUUGGUGAUGUAAAAUACGAAGGAUUCGAUUGGGUGUUUGCCCAAUUCAACGUCAAAGUCGAAGCUGUGUCAGUUGAAGUGAUCCCUCCUUCUCAACAAGUUCACUACCAACCGAAGAAGGAAAUCAAACACUUGUUCCGUGAGCCUGAAGCCCGUCCUCCAGCCUUCUUUGCUCACAUCUUCGCUUUGGUCUGUGCUGCUCCACUCCUAAUUCUGUUGGUGUCUGUAAGUUUCUUUGCCAUUGCCAUGUGAUUCGUGACCAGCUAACUGUAAAUUUCGUUUCCCUUUCUAAUAUAUAAUAAAAGUUUUAAACUUUUAAUUUGUAGUGGCUGGCGAUUGGAAUCAACUUCGGGCGUCUUCCGUUCUCCAUCUGGGUUCUUGGAUUCCAUGGCGGAGUCAUCUCCAUCUUCACCUUGUACUUAUACUUCUGGAUUCAGCUCAACAUGUUCGACACGUUGUACUACUUAGCCCCUAUCUCUGUGGUCACCUUUAUCAGCGGACACAGACUCUUCCGUUCAUUGGCCUCCCAAAAGUAA